UUAUAUUAGUUUGUGGGUUUUGUUUAAGUCAUUUUGCUUUGUUUGAGAAUGUGAUCAAAUUGGUGGGUUCAAGGAAAUUGUUUUCAUGGAUAUGGUGCAAACUGGAAGAUGUAUGUAUGUUAUCGGUCUAAACCAGAUUGUUGUGAUGCCGGGGAAUUCUGAUAUCAAAGUUGGUUCUUGGAUCAAGUGAAGAAUAUAGGACCUUGUAGAUUGUAACUACCAAAUUGAGAGAGUUUGGUAGAAAGCCAACACAGAAAUAAUGUCUGCCGUGCAACAGUUUGUUCAAGGUCUAAAAAGCAGAAAUGAGGAAACAAGACUCAACACUGCUCUAUCACUUCAGCAUUACAUCAACACUGAAGUACGAGAGUUGGCGAAUGAACAGGCUGCAAAGUUUAUGAAUGAAUUAAAUCAUCAAAUAUUUGAAAUGAUGUCAAGUUCUGAUAACAAUGAAAAGAAAGGAGGAAUACUAGCUAUAGUGAGUCAAAUUGGAGUGGAAGACGGAACCCAUUUUCCACUUUACAGAGCUGCAAAUUAUUUAAGAAAUUUAUUUCCAUCCAGUGAUGUGGUCGUUAUGGAAAUGGCUGCACAAGCACUUGGACGGUUGGCUGCAGCAGGUGGCAACCACAGAACUGAAUAUAUUGAAUUUCAAGUACGUCGAGCUAUCGAAUGGAUUGGGGCACCAAGGAAUGAAGGACGAAGACACAGCGCAGUUCUUAUAUUACGAGAGUUGGCGAUCAAUGCUCCGACAAUUUUUUAUCUCCAGAUUCAACCUUUUUUUGAUGAUAUUUUCAAUGUGGCUCGUGAUCCCAAGCCAUCAAUACGGGAAGGAGCUGUGGCAGCCUUACGCGCAGCAUUACAAUUGACUGUGCAUAGGGAAACGAAAGAUGCUCAGCAAAAGCCUUAUUGGUAUAAACAAACGUUUGAUGAAGCCAUGAAUGGAUUUGAGGAACCUUCACAUAAAGAUAAAAGCAAUAAUUCAAGCAAAGAUGACAGAAUCCAUGCAUCAUUGCUUAUAUUAAAUGAACUUUUGAGAAUUGGGACAAGAACAAGCCAGAUAAUGCUGGAAGAAGCGAUGGACAGAGUCAAUAUAAUUCAAGAUCAACCAAGAAAAUCUGGAAAGUCUGCACUACGAUCAGCUGCAUCUGGUCGUUCAUCAUCCAAUUCUGCUUCAGCUUCAUCGCUUUUGCUCUCAUCUUACAAACCUACCUCAGGGUCACAAAGUGUUAUAAGACUCGCAGAUGCUGCUGGAACUUACUGUGCUGUUAGAUCACUGGGCAAUCUGCUUUCUUCUAGUGCCAGUAAAAUUGGAAUAUCAGAUUCUCAAAAUAUUAUGGAGAGUCUUCAUUGCAUUCAACAAGUUCAAGAUCACUACAUCAAAAUUUGCAGCGAGGUAUUGGCUUGUAGGACAUCUCGCAAUCAACUUGUUCAACAAUCGUUGUUAUCACUCUUACCUCGACUUGCUGCUUCUAAUCCAGAAAGUUUCUCUGGACAUUUUCUCGAUGACGCUAUGGCAUUUGUGCUCUCUUGCUUGAAGAAAGAUCGUGACAGAUCAUCAGGAUUUUAUGCAGUUGGAUUAAUCGGACUCUCUGUAAAAAAGAAUAUUGCUGUUUAUAUGUCAAAGAUUCUGGAAUAUAUAAAAACUUGUCUUCCAAACAAAGAUAUACCUGCAAAGAAGCAGAGAAAUUUCGUUCUUGAACCUGCAGUGUUCAGUUGUAUAUCAAUGCUUGCAGAGGCUGAUCCCGACUCCAUCACAUCUCAUAUUGAACAACAUUUACUUCAACCUAUGCUCACAGUUGGACUCAACUCUGCUCUCAUGGUUGCUCUGCACGAUCUCAGUACAAAGAUACCAAUAUUGAAAAAAAGAAUUCGUGAGGGAGUGAUCAAUAUAUUGUCAUUAGUUUUGUUGAAUCAACCAGGAAAGCUACCUAAUGGAAAAGAAAUGAACUCGACAUCGAUAGUUUUGCCGAAUACUGUUGAUCCAACAGAUUCAUCUAAUCUUGUGCUUGCUCUUCGUACCCUGGCAAUGUUCCGCUUCAGUGAUUUAAGCAAUAAUCAAAACAUUUGGGAAAGAACGCCUUCACAUCUGAUCAUGCAAUUUGCGAAAGAAUGUUCAUCUUCAAAAUUUCUGCGCCAUGAUGAUAUUGAAGUCAGAACAGAAGCUGUUAUCACCACGACAACUUUGUUACGGCCAUAUAUACCACCACAUGUUACUACAGCUAAUAACAUCAGGCUUUAUCCCAACCUACUGCCUGGAAUAGCAAAAGUGCUCGAAGAUGUGUUGAAUCUUGCUAUCACAGAUAAAGAUUCUGAUGUGAGAUGUGAUGUUCUCUAUCUAUUGAAUGAUAGAUUUGAUUGUUAUCUGGCACAGCCUGAGAAUCUCUCCACUCUAUUCAUUGCUAAUCAUGAUGAGGUGUUUGAAGUUCGAGAAGCAGCGGUACGAACUAUUGGAAGAUUGGCCGAACAUAAUCCAGCAUAUGUCAUGCCAUUUUUGAGGAAAACCUUAAUUGAACUAUUAUCCGAACUUCAGCAUAGUGGUGUUGGAAGAAAUAAACUUCAGUCAUCAAGAUUACUUGGUCAUCUCGCUUGUACUGCUCCAUUACUGAUACGACCUUACGUUCACACGACUAUGCAAGCUUUGAUAGAAGAAUUGAAAGUUAAUGAGUCAAAUUCUGCAGUGAUAGUUGGUGUUAUGCAGACUGUUGGUGAUUUUGCUGAAGUUGGAGGAUCUGACAUCGGAGUCAAUUCUGUCAUUGAUCAACUUAUGCCAAUUAUAUUAGAAAUGUUGCAAGCAUUGUCAAAUUAUGCAAAGAGAGAAGUCGCUCUUGUUACACUUGGAAAACUGGUUCAAAGCACAGGAUAUGUUGUUGAUCCGUAUCAAAAAUAUCCAAAGUUACUUGAUAUUUUGCUAACGUUUUUAAAAACUGAACAAUCAUUAACUUUUCGCAAGGAGGUUAUCAAAGUACUUGGUCUGAUUGGAGCAUUGGAUCCUUUCAAACAUAAAGUCAAUCAGGGUGAAAUAAAUCUGACUGAAACGGAUGUCGUAACAAUGCCUGAACAUAAGGACAUAGAACAAGAUGGUGGUACUAGUGAGAUGUUGAUUACACUUGGAACUUCAUCUGAAGAAUUUUAUCUUGCUGUUGCCGUCACAACAUUAAUGAGAGUUUUGAAAGAUCCACUGCUUUCGACGCAUCAUAUGGAUGUCAUACAGGCAAUUGACUACAUGUUCAAAUCUCUUGGAGUGAAGUGUGUUUCAUAUCUUCCACAAAUUAUCCCAACAUACUUGGCUACGAUACGAUCAUGUGAUCCCAAUAUAAGAGAGUUUCUCUUCAAGAAUCUAGGAAUCAUUGUCUUCACUGUUAAACAACAUGUUCGAAAUUUUAUGGAUGAAAUUUUUGAUGUCAUCAAGGAGUAUUGGACAGUUGGGAGUCCGAUGCAAGGAACAUUAAUUUUGCUGACGGAACAAAUAGCUUCUGCUCUCGCUGCUGAUUUUAAAAUAUAUUUGCCACAAGUUGUUCCUCAUGCAUUAAAAGUAUUUAUUCAUGAUGAUAGUCUUGGAAAGAGUGUUACUUUAAAGAUGCUUCAUGCUCUUCAAGUAUUCAGCACGAACCUUGAUACUUUCAUUCAUUUAUUCCUUCCCCCUGUUAUUCGACUUCUGGAUUCUGCAGAAUCUCCCGUCAAUAUACGAAGAGCUGCAAUUGAAACAAUUCAAAUAUGGUCAGAAUGUGUUGAUCUCAGAGAACAUAUGUCUCAGCUUGUUCUACCUAUUUCUCGUGUCAUCAGCUCGAUACCUGAUCUCAGACCUCCUUCAAUGGAUGCACUUGCUGCCCUCGUGUGUCAGUUCGGUACCAAAUUUGCUGUGUUUGUACCGAUGAUCAAUAAUUUGAUUGAAAAACACAAAAUUCUUCAUUCGGAAUAUGAUAAGAUGGUGUCGAAAGUGAUGCUUGCUCAAGAUGAACUGGACAGUGGAAUAUUUUUAUGGACUGGUCAUCCCAAGUCUCAAGAAAACUCUUCAUUGAGUGGUGUUGCUGAAGUCAGUGUCACAAAAAAAGUUCAUGUCAGCACUCAAAAUUUACAAAAGGCGUGGAAAAUAGUUCGUCGAGUUUCAAAAGAUGAUUGGUUAGAAUGGUUACGUCGUCUGAGUGUUGAAUUAUUAAAAGAAUCUCCGUCAUCUGCAUUAAAAGCGUGUGGAGCUCUCGCUAACUCAUAUGCUCCUCUUGCACGUGCACUGUUCAAUGCUGCUUUCUUAUCUUGCUGGUCUGAGUUGAAUGAAAUGCAACAAGAUGAAUUAGUUCUCGCAAUAGAAACCGCACUUCAUGCUCCAGAUGUACCAGCAGAAGUUACUCACACUCUCCUAAAUCUUGCCGAGUUUAUGGAACAUACUGAAAAGGGUCCUUUACCUUUGAGAGAUGAUAAUGGGAUUAAACUGCUUGGCGAAACAGCAACAAAAUGUCGAGCAUUUGCAAAAGCUCUGCAUUAUAAAGAAUUAGAAUUUCAUAAGGAUCCAGGCACUGCUGCAAUUGGUGAUCUCAUCAAUAUAAACAGCAAGCUUGGCCAAGCAGAUGCAGCUGAUGGUGUCUUGUUAUAUCAUGAGAAAAAUGUAUCCGGGAAUCAACAAUCUCCAACAACUACUUCCUACACUUUUAAAGCCACUAGUAAAAUACAAGGUGAGAUUGGUAUGGAUGUUACAUGGUAUGAAAGAUUACAUAAAUGGGAAGAAGCAAAGCAAGCAUAUUCGUACAACAUAUCAGUUGUUCAGACUCCCGUUGUUGAGAUGAGUCAGGCAGAGACUGAAAAAUUGCAUGAUAAAAUGGUUGAGAAUAAACUUGGUUAUAUGAGAUGUCUGGAAGCUCUUGGACAAUGGGAUGACCUCCACUCAUUUGCUGAAGGUGAAUGGGAACAAAAUUCUGACGAAACUUACCAGAGAAGAAUGGCUAGAUUGGCAGUCGCAGCAUCAUGGGGUUUAGGAAAAUGGGAAAGCAUGGAUGAAUAUACUUGUAUGAUACCAAGAGAACAAUACGAUGGACCUUUUUAUCGUGCAGUUAUGGCUUUGCAUCAAAAUCAUUUUGUUCAGGCUAAGGAGUGUAUCGAUGAAGCUCGUGAAAUAUUAGACAGUGAAUUAACUGCUCUUGCUGGUGAAUCAUACAAUCGUGCAUAUUCUGCUCUCGUCAAUUGUCAAAUGUUAGCAGAAUUAGAAGAAGUUAUUUAUUACAAACUUGUACCUGAACGACGUCCGCUUAUCAAACAAGCCUGGUGGGAUAGAUUACAGGGAUGUGAGAGAAAUCUUGAAGAUUGGCAGAGGAUUAUUCAAGUUCGUUCAUUAGUAAUAUCACCCCAUGAUGACAUGAGAACCUGGUUGAAGUUUGCAAGUUUAUGCACCAAGAAUGGAAGAGAGGGUCUUGCGAAGAAAGUCCUGAUCAAACUUCUUGAAAUGGAUCCAAGUGCAAAUCCUAAUGUUCCAUUACCAACUACAUAUCCAUAUGUCUCAUUUGCAUAUAUGAAGCAUAUGUGGAAACAAGGAAAACAGACCGAAGCUUUCACUAACAUGCAGCAGUUUGUCAGCAGUAUUCAAACUGUUCCUCAGACUUUAAACGACGAACAAAAAAGCGAACUAAAGCACUUAUUAUCAAGAUGUUUCCUCAAACUCGGACAUUGGCAGAAAUCAUUGUAUGGAAUAAACGAAGAUCAAAUCCAUCAGAUCAUUAAAUAUCAUAGACUUGCAACUGAACAUGAUAGAAUUUGGUAUAAAGCUUGGCAUUCAUGGGCAGUUGUGAAUUUUGAAUGUGUUCAAUUUUAUAAAAAUAAAGUGGAUCAACCGACUGAUCAAAAAAUGCAAGAAAAUAAGAAAACUCCAGUUUCACCAGUUCAAGAAGAAGAAGAUUCUGAUGAAGAUUCAGAGAGUUCAGGAGGAAUAGAGUUUGACAUCAGUUCUGUACCAACCAAGGAAGAUUAUCAUGCGAGACUUCUUCAAUAUGCAAUUCCUUCUGUUCGAGGAUUUUUUAGAUCUAUUGCAUUGUCUGCUGGAAACUCAUUACAAGACACCCUUCGAGUCUUGACUUUGUGGUUUGAUUACGGUGACAAACAGAAAAUCUACGAAGCUGUUGUGGAAGAUAUUGAGACGAUACAGAUUGAAAACUGGCUCCAGGUCAUACCUCAACUGAUUGCGAGAAUCGAUACUCCUAGAAACUUGGUUGCAAGACCUGUUCAUCAGCUAUUGAAUGAUAUUGGAAAGCAUCACCCUCAAGCAUUGAUUUAUCCACUGACUGUUGCAUCAAAAUCCACUGCACAAUCAAGACAAAAAGCAGCCAAUACCAUUCUGGCAAAAAUGUGUGAACAUUCGGAUACGUUGGUAAAGCAAGCAAUCAUGGUGUCAGAUGAACUCAUUAGAGUUGCUAUAUUAUGGCACGAGUUGUGGCACGAAGGUUUAGAAGAAGCAUCAAGAUUAUAUUUUGGGGAAAGAGAUGUAGCAUCGAUGCUCGCUACACUGGAACCUUUGCACGGAUUGUUAGAACGUGGACCUCAGACAUUAAAGGAAAUCAGUUUUAACCAGGCAUAUGGUCGAGAUCUUCUUGAAGCGCAAGAUUGGUGUAGAAAAUAUACAUUAUCAAAUAAUAUAAAGGAUUUAAAUCAAGCGUGGGAUCUAUAUUAUCAUGUAUUCAGAAGAAUUACAAAACAACUGCCACAACUUACCACCUUAGAGUUGCAAUAUGUUUCUCCAAAGUUGAUGAUUUGCAAUGAUCUUGAACUUGCCGUACCAGGAACAUAUAAUCCUAGGCAAAGUGUUGUCAGAAUCAAAUCUAUCAACUCUACGUUACAAGUGAUCACAUCAAAGCAAAGGCCAAGAAAGCUCUGCAUAUUAGGAAGCAAUGGUAAAGAAUAUACAUUCUUACUGAAAGGACAUGAAGAUCUUCGACAGGAUGAACGUGUUAUGCAGUUGUUUGGUCUUGUUAAUACUUUACUUGCUACUGAUCGUACUUCGAGCAGAAAAAAUCUCAGCAUUCAACGUUACGCUGUCAUACCGUUAUCAACAAACUCAGGACUUAUAGGAUGGGUUCCACAUUGCGACACAUUACACGCUCUUAUUCGUGAUUACCGAGAUAAGAAGAAGAUCUUAAUUAACAUUGAGCACAGGAUUAUGUUGCGGAUGGCUCCUGACUACGAUCAUCUGACGUUAAUGCAAAAAGUCGAAGUGUUUGAGCAUGCCGUCAACAAUACUGCAGGCGACGAUCUUGCGAAAUUACUGUGGCUGAAAAGUCCAAGUUCUGAGAUAUGGUUCGACAGACGAACGAAUUACACUCGGUCAUUGGCAGUCAUGUCAAUGGUAGGUCACGUACUUGGGCUCGGUGAUCGUCAUCCCAGUAAUUUGAUGUUGGAUCGGGUUAGCGGAAAAGUACUUCACAUUGAUUUUGGAGAUUGUUUUGAGGUUGCUAUGGCGAGAGAAAAGUUCCCAGAGAAAAUUCCUUUCAGAUUGACAAGAAUGUUAACAAACGCUAUGGAGGUUACUGGAAUAGAGGGAAACUAUCGAAACACAUGUCACGUCGUUAUGUCCGUGCUGCGUCAGCACCGAGAAAGCGUAAUGACGGUAUUAGAGGCUUUCGUGUAUGAUCCUCUGUUGAACUGGAGACUUGUGGAAAAUGUCGGAGAAAAGAAUGGGCGAGUUGCCGAUGUUCCGGCAGCGCAACAAACCGACAAUAUGGUUCCCAACGGAAUGAACGGUGCCGGUGACAUUCGUCAACACGAACAGAUGUUUGAACAUCCUCCAAAGAUUUCAGGGAGUGAAGGCGAAACGGUGAUUCCUGAAGUCUUGAACAAAAAAGCUGUCGCUAUAAUUAACCGAGUACGAGACAAAUUAACUGGUUGUGAUUUUGCAAACGAGGUUUCUUCUUUGGAUGUACCAACGCAGGUUGAACUUUUGAUACAGCAAGCUACGUCUCAUGAAAAUUUGUGUCAGUGUUAUAUCGGAUGGUGCCCAUUUUGGUAAUGUCGUCGUGAUCAUAACGAAGACGAAUUUAUAUAGCAAGACAUUGUCUAUGCUGAUAACAUCAUAUCCGGAAAUUGCUCAUUCCAUCUCGUCUACCAAUUUCAGAGCCCGCUACGAGGACCCCGCUGGCACAAAAUCAAUUAUUAUAACUGAUAGUUGGUGCAUAAUAACCAAACAUUUUGCUGGCCAAACAUGCAUUAAAAGCGUUGCCAGCUGUGUCCAGUUCCACUCGUUAGUUGAAUUCCGGUACUGAAUAUUGAACUAGUUUCAAAUCAAGUGCCACAUUUAAAAAUGUACAAUCAUGUUUAAAAAUGAAAUUGAAUUGUGUAAUGAGCGUUAAGCGAAUACACUUUGUAUUAAUGAAGUUGGAAAAUAUUGAAAACAAUCAUAUAUUGCGAACGGUUUUCAAGGCGAAUGAAUGCUAGGGAUAUUUCAAACUGGUUUGUAUCUUGCUCUAGUUGUGAGAAAAACUUCGUGUUAAUUACGUUGUCAUUUUGUGGAAACUCAACUUCAACAUAUAAAAUUUAACAAAAAUAAAUAAUUGUAUUUGUGCGUGAACUGGAGUUAAAUUGUGGCCUGGACUUCAACAACUAUUUCAUUUUUAUGCCAUUGGGUAUUGUGUAUUUCCGAAUAUUUAAUAAAAUUCUAGUAAUUUAUAACUUUGCUCUGUCAAGUUGCUUGUGGUUUUCCGUCUAAAUAGAUGGCUGGCGAGGAUCUAUGCACGUAUCCGGGAGUUAUAAUUUAAGUAUGGUGAAGCACAUUCUUGAGUCACAUGAGCAGAGCUGGAUAAGUUUAGGAAAACUGUAAAGUUAAUAGUUUUAUUUUUGAGCAAAAACGUGUUUUCACAGGCCGACUUGAAAAGUCGAAGAAUUUGUGGUUAUAUAAAACUCCCUUCGAUAUUUCGCACUUGCGGAGGAAUCUUAUACACGAUAAAAUAGAAUAGUUUUUUCGGAAUCAUUUCCGUUACUUUUAUCGCGUUAGCGCCUUUCAUGUGAGGGGAAGUUGAGAUAAAAGAUGUGGAAAUGCUGGAUAUCGCUAACCUUAAAGCGAUAGCGUGCUGAUAUCGUUUUCUAUUUUGAAAUGUCACCCGCAGUGUGAUUUCUCGCUAUGCAUCGUAUUUUCUUGCUUCAGAUUGCCUACCUGUAGUUAUUUUUAUCGCUCCUCAGCAUAUAUCGCCCAUUACGUGAAAACUACUAGCGUUCUAUUGUUAAUGAAUUGGCUUUUUGAAACAACAUAGGGUUUUUGCACCCCGAUCGGAUAUUUUUAUUCUACCGACGCUGAAGCACUCAAAUAUCCUUUGGUAUUGAAAGAUAAAAAUAUAACCUGCUCUUUGCAACUCGGGUGUUGGCAAGAAAAUCCUGUUUUCUAAUUAAGUUUGAUAAAUUGCUCCUGAAGUCACGUUUCAUUGAAUAAAAACAUGUUGAUACGCGAUAUGAUUCAGUUUUGGAAAAAACACAACGAAGUUGAACUCGAUCGCGGGCUUGAGAAACGCACAAGCGCACGUACAGCUGAGAUAUUGACAUUCUGUUUAGUUGCUAUUUCCAAACCACCAACUCGAUUCAUCGAGCGGUGACGUGAUGUACAGAAGGCGACCAACUUGUUCCACCAUGCUAUAUACUGACAAAAUGAGAUAGUGGGCGAUAUUAUUUAUGUCUGAUCCACUGGUCACAAAAUAAAGACGAGUUCACUUUUUUAUAUCCAUUUAUCAUAUUUGGUUUCAAUUAUGUUGAAAACUAGAAAUUUAGUUUUAAUGGCCAAACUUGGUCGAGCGCUUUCAGCACGUCUUAAUUACUUCUGUAUCGCUCUCGUGCUACAAGUGUGCAAAUUCGAAACACCUAAAACGCUCCUGUUUUUGUUUGAACGCUGGACACGAUGAAUCUUGCCGAAAAGCAGAGUCCAAAACAUUAAGAUACUCUUGUCAACGCAGGUACGUCGAGAAGAGUUUCAGGUCUCAAUUCGGAAAAGUACAGACAAUAAAGAUAGAACGUUCGAUUGUUUACUUUCUUUCACCAGUUAUUUGGAGCGACAAAUAUUAGUCUCUUCUCGUUCUCUCUCGUCGUUCGUGCGUCGACGCAUUCUCCUUUGUUUCUUUUAUUUAAUCAGCCGGUUUGCAGUUCAGUAUAUAAACCAUCUCUCGCAUCCUUCGCCGGUUCAGUCGUCCAUUUGAAAGCUGGUGCUCUGUCUCGUUGGAAAAACGUUUUCAUUGUGGUCAAAUAAGGUGAAGUUGAAUCGCGAAGUAUUUUAGUAGCCUGAUUGGUAACGGUACCGUUAUUGUCAUUUUACGAAAUCAUAUAACUCCUCGGAUAGCGAGAUUGUCUCAGUGUUGCACUCCGUUCAGACUAAUUUAAAGCAAUCGACAAUACCGGUACACUAAUAAUAGUUUAUUCAUAUGUUGUACAGUAAUUAGAGCAGGGAAAUAAAUCAGUACUUAUAUCUGCAUAUACUUGGUACAGGGUAAUUUGUGUAUGUGUAUAAAUUAUAUCGGUCCGCUCUAGAUCUAUUUUUUCAACAUAUCACUUACUUGCACGUUUCUGCGUUUCCUGAUCGUUGGUGUGAAUGCUUGUUUUACUGUUUUAUAAAUAACGAUUAACGAGUAAUAUUCACGGUGAACAUACUUUUUGUAUUGUGUUUAGUGCUUAACUUCACUGCUAUAUUUGUCGGUGAAUCAUACUCUGAAGACUUGAAAUGGCUUCCAGCGAGACUAUUUCGAAGAACGAAACUUCUCUUCGCGAAAUGAUUUCGUCUUUCGUUCGCAAACCCACAAAGCAACAACGUAGAAAGCAAAUUACAGAAGCGGAGGCGCGCAAAAAUCGUUGCACAAGGAAAACAACUAACAUUGAUUCGUUUUGCGACUGUGGACAUAGUGAUGUUGGAUUUUGGGACAACGACAUUUCAACUGACUCAUUUUUAGAACUUUCUUCCGAUGUAUUACCAGUAGAAAUAGACAGCAUGGAAAAUGGUACAUACGACGGGAUUUUAGUAGAAAACGGGAAUCUUUGGAAAGAUGAAGUUCGACGAAAAUGUUCGAUAUUAACGAAGAAUUUAGAAGAAAAAUUGAAAUCAUCAGCUUCAGAACAUGGUCUUGCGUUAAAGUUUCCCAUUGAUCUUCCUCAUCGCCUAGCCAACAAAAUCGUUGACACUGCUUCAUCGGAACCAUGCGGUUUACGCGGCUGCUGUGUCAACUUACGCCUGCUUCAUGAGGACAUUGCUGGCGUGUUGAUGACAUCACAAGUAGGAGAGGGCCCAGUGUUUUCUGACGCACGAUUAGAAAAAUGUGCAAGCUGGCCGGAGGAGCCGCGAAAAAAGACAAAUACCCACUUGAGUAAUGCUGAGCGACCCGAAUUGGAUUUUAGACUUCUGCCGGAUAUGGAUGCUACUUUGACAGAGCGUUUUUCACCGGAUUUUAGUACGGACAGUGGGUUUGCUGAUUCAGCGGAAUUCAGACGGCCCAUGCACCGACGUCUUCAACACUCUCUAUCAUCAUCUGCGAUUCCAAUAUUGCCAAGUUUAUCAGCAGCUUCGAGGCUGCAGGUGGCUUGUGCGGACUUGGGUUGUUUAGAUUUAUGCGACUCUGAUUCGGUUCCAACGUUCGAGUUGUAUAUUUACCUUGCUCCUGUCACAUCUUGGUCAUGGUGGGUUCGAAAAUUAUUUUCUUCCUCCCUAAAAGCAGGUAGAGGAGAUUGUGACGCGCACAGAAAUAAACCUAACUCUAAUCAAAAAAACCUAAAAUCACUUAACCUGAUGCCGGAUUUUACAUUAGUCAAACGAAAACUAUAUAGAACACGUUCGAAUUCACUCGAGGUGAUUCGAUGUCCACUUCCUAAAUGAUUUCUUUAUCUUCCCCCUUCUGGUUCAGAAUAAGUCACAUCGUGGUAAUAUUAGUUAUAACUUACAAAUAUUUCACCUGGACUUGACGCAGACUUACUAUCUGUAUAAUACUUGUUGCCCAAAAUCUUCAAACAGUGUGCAUGGAUUUUUUGUUUGCAGUUUUUUUUCAAUAAGAGUCUUUAGUUUCUAUUUUCUAUCUUCACACUUUCUGUACCAUUAAGAAUUUUAGCAAUUAUAUGCUUAGUUUCCACUAUGAAGUGGCGGAUAUUCAAAUUCCAAAUACUAGCAUCAGAGGAUGUGUUAUUUGAGAAACACUGUCAAAAUAACUUCUUGAAUUACUAACAGUUUUGACCAAUUUUCGGUUCCAGAAUAAAACGUUUUGUUUUCUGUAAUCAUCAGUUAGAAGCCACUGUCGAAAUUGUUCCGAUUAAAAUUUUAAUUCUAGUGGCUUGUACUAAAUACGUAAACGUUGUACCAAUUUAUGAGAGAUUGUGAUGACAAAUAUCAUAUUCAAAGUGUCCGAUAUAUGCUGAUUUCAGCCAUCACUUCAUAUGGUGUUUAUUAAUUCUCAAAUCUGCUGGUACUUGACUGGCAUGGUUCAUGCUUUAAUUAAAGUUUCUACAUAAAACUUGUUUUCUUGCCGAUGUAAUAUUGAGCUGCCGUUUUUAUUCCACAAUAUGGUUUAUUUGUGCUGAAUAAAUAUUCUACAGAAUAUA